GGCGUGCGCCACACUUGAAGUGGGCGCGGGAGGCCGCAGCCGCGGAGCUGUGAUGGAGCUAGUGCAGGAAGCGCGGAAACUGGGUCGCUGGGCGGCUGAAGAGAUGGGGGCGCCCGCGGCGGCCCAGGCCCCGGAAUCGACGCUGCGCAGGCUGUGUCUGGGCCAGGGGGCUGACAUCUGGGCCUAUGUCUUGCAACAUGUGCACAGUCAGAGGACUAUCAAGAAGAUCCGGGGAAACCUACUCUGGUAUGGCCACCAGGAGAAUCCAGAGGUCCGUCGGAAGUUGGAGCUGGAAGCUACUGUGGCCCGCCUGCGGGCAGAGAUUCAGGAGUUAGACCAGAGUCUGGAGCUGAUGGAGCGAGAGACUGAGGCUCAGGACCUGGCCAUGGAGCAGGUACUGCAGAGCAUACAAGACACUCAGCGUCGAGCUCUCCUCCUUCGGGCCCAAGCUGGGGCCAUGCGAAGACAGCAGCAUGGGCUCCGAGACCCCACACUGAGAUUGCAGAACCAGCUCAGGCGCCUGCAGGACAUGGAGAGGAAGGCCAAAGUGGAUGUGAGUUUUGGACCCCUGACAUCAGCAGCCCUGGGCCUGGAGCCUAUGGUCCUGCGUGACACUCGAACAGCCUGCACCCUCCGGGCCCAGUUCCUGCAGAACCUCCUGAUUCCCCAGGCCAAGAGGGGCAGCUUCCUAAUCCCUCAUGAUGACCACUUUGGAACUUCCUACCAGCAGUGGCUUAGCACAGCAGAGACGCUGCUGAUAAACCACCCCCCGGGCCAUGUCCUGGCUGCCUUGGAGCACCUGGCUGCAGAGCGAGAGGCAGAGAUUCAGUCUCUGUGCAAUGAGGACGGGCUUGGAGAUAAGGAGAUAUCCAGGCCCGAGGCACCAGAGCAGUCAGACUCCGGCCAGGCCCUGCCGUCCAUGGUACAUCUCAUCCAGGAGCGUUGGCAGACUGUGGGUGCACUGGUCACCCAGAGGGGUCCCCUCCUAAAGGAGCGACAAGUCCUGACCCAGCACCUCCAGGGCCUGGUGGAAGAAAUAGAGAGACGUACUCUGGGCUCCCAAAGGCAGGCACUGAUGCUGGGGCUUCGGAGCUGUGGCCUGCGGGCAGAGCUUAAGGCUCUGCGUGCCCAGAGCCAGGAGCUGGAGGAGGCAGCUGGGCAGCGGCAGCUUCUGCUGAGGGAGCUUCAGGCCAAACAGCAGCGGAUCCUGCACUGGCGCCAGCUGGUGGAGGAGACCCAGGAGCAGGUCCGCCUGCUCAUCAAGGGAAACUCAGCCAGCAAGACCCGCCUGUGCCGGAGCCCCGGGGAGGCUCUGGCGCUGGUCCAGCGGAAGGUGGUCCCCACAUCUGAGACGGUGGCACCACAGAUCCAGGAGCGGUUUCGCUGUCUGGAGGAAGAAGUCCGGCAUCUGCCCCACAUUCUGCUGGGCACCCUGCUGCGGCACAGCCCUGGAGAGUUGAAGGCCCUGCCCACAGUCCUGCCAUCCAUUCACCAGCUGCACCCCGCAUCUCCAAGGGGCUCCAGCCUCAUAGUCCUGAGCCAUACGCUGGGACUGCCACCAGGGAAGGCACCAGAGCUGCUUCUCCCGGCGACUGCCUCUCUCCGCCAGGACCUUCUGUUCCUCCAGGACCAGCGAAAUCUCCGGUGCUGGGAUCUGGUUCACAUGAAGAACAGCCUGCGGUCAGGACCACCCACCCAGGAGCUGCUGCAGAGCCAGGCAUCCCAGGAGAAGGAGCAGAAAGAGAGUUUGGGGCAGGCUCUGAAGAAGCUGGAGAACCUGUUGAAACAGACACUGGAGCGAAUCCCUGAGCUGCAAGAGGCUGUGGGGGACUGGUGGGAGCAGCCAGGCCAAGUUGCCCUCUCUGGGGAGCUCUGCCAGGGCCUGUCCCUAGCCCAGUGGCAGCUACGCUGGGUUCAAGCCCAGGGGGCUCUGCAGAAGCUGUGCACAUGAAGAGGAAUUCAAACAGGAGUCAAGAAUUUCACAUUUGGUCACCUGGACACUGUACCUCUCCGAAUACGACAUUUGGAAGAAAGCACUGCCAGGAUUUGUCAGCCCUCAGCCCGAACCCAUACCUGCAGCCCUGUUUCAUAUUCUGCCAAAGCUAAGAGUACCCUGGACCACCCCCAGGCACCCCUGAAACUCUCUUCAUCACAUCCUCAUCCUUCAACCCAAAGUAACUGAGCAACUCCUCUAGGUGCUGAGGAUUCAGCAUUGACCAAAAAUAGACAAAGUCCCUGUCUUCCAGGGGUUGACAUUCUAUGACAGGAAGACACAGUUGACAAAAUAAGUAAACUAUAUGUUAGAAGGUAAUAGCUAUGGAGGGAAAAAAAGCAGGGUGUAGGGGGUAUGAUUUAAAUAGAGGCCUAUACUGCAAAGGUCACACUCCACAAAGGCAGGGAGCAGGAGCCACCAGGGUACCUGAGGAAGAGCUUGAAGGUGGCAGCGAUAGCACAUGCCAGGGCCCCAAGUUGGAAUGUGCUGGUGUGAACCAUAGAGGAAGUUGGUGUCGUGGAAGGAGAAGGGCAGCUAGUGUUAAAAGAUGAGAUGGUCUUCUAGUUCUUAAUACAUUGAAAUUUGAGCCAUUUGAGGUUUAUCCUAGCAAAUUGAUCCAAUUUUGUCUCACUUUACAUAUAUACCAACAGCGCUUAUUAAAAUUCCCAGAAGAUGAGGCUGCUUUCUAGGGCAUGGGAAUGUAUUUUGUGUGUUGAUAGCAGUAGAGGGUACAUAGGUGUAGAGAUUUAUCAGAACUAAUCUAGCUGUAUUCUUAACGCCUAUGUGGAUUAUUCUUCAAUUUAUAAAGUAAAGUUCUGCCCACUGGUUUGAGAUGCUACUCUUUCAUACACUAAAUUUCCAUGUUUCACUGGGCUAUAUCUGGAUUCUCUUCAGACCCGUUGUGUCUUUUAACUCUCUGCGUGCCAUUCAUCGGGUGUUUUAAGUAUAAAGGCUUUGAAUCCGAAAUGGUUGGUUGCUCUCGUGCUUAUUUUUCAAAUUUCCCUGUCUCUUGCUAAUUUUCUCUCCCAAAUGAAGUGAACAUUACAAU